GCCCUCCGGCGCCCUGUUUUCACCGGCGUCCAUAUAUAGGUUCCUGGGCUGUUCUCUGCAUUUCUUAGUCACCGGGUGUGAGGUUGAAGAAGCAUGGGGAUGAAUGACGACUCAGACCUGAGAAACCUUGAAGAUCCUCCAGAGGAAGAGGAGGAAGAGGAUCUGGUUGACCCCCUCGAGACGAUGCGGGAAGAGUGCCGCGCCAGUGGCCCGGCGCCCCAGCUGCGCGCCAAGUUCGAACAAUGCGAGGAGCGUGUCAGCAGCCGCAGUAAGACCGAGGAGACCUGCGUGGAGGAGCUGCUCGACUAUCUGCACGCCGUCGACCACUGCGCUGGUGAAAAGGUUUUCUCCGCCUUGAAGUGAUAUCCGGCAACACAGUCCGAAUUGUGUUAAUGCUUCGCCGAGUUCGGAGCGAACAUCAGUGAGCUGCGUGGUGCUAAACACCUCUUUGUUGUCUCCCAACAUAGGUCAUUAGUCCGUGCUGGAUGAUUACUAGCUUAUCAUGACUCGAGUGAGUGGCAAUACAGGGCGAAAGCCAUUGUGUUCUU